CUCUGCAACCCAAAGCCACACGCUUAAGAAGCAUAGCCCAACAAGAAAACCCUACAUCGUUUGUUUUUCUACUUCUCUUUUCCUCUCUCUGCCGCUCGUUAGCUGUUGUAGACCUACGUUGUUUUUGUGAUCUGACAUAAUGGCCGGCAAAGGUGAAGGACCGGCUAUCGGAAUCGAUUUGGGUACUACCUAUUCCUGUGUUGGUGUUUGGCAACAUGAUCGAGUUGAGAUCAUUGCCAAUGAUCAAGGAAACAGGACGACGCCGUCUUACGUUGCAUUUACAGAUACAGAGCGUUUAAUUGGUGAUGCUGCUAAGAACCAGGUCGCCAUGAACCCUAUCAACACCGUCUUUGAUGCAAAGCGGUUGAUUGGUAGGAGAUUCUCCGAUGCUUCAGUCCAGAGUGACAUCAAGCUCUGGCCAUUCAAGGUUAUUCCAGGACCUGGUGAUAAGCCCAUGAUUGUUGUCAGCUAUAAGGGUGAGGACAAGCAGUUUGCUGCUGAGGAAAUCUCUUCCAUGGUUCUCAUUAAAAUGCGUGAGAUUGCUGAGGCAUACCUUGGAACUACAGUGAAGAAUGCAGUGGUCACUGUCCCUGCCUAUUUCAAUGACUCUCAGAGGCAGGCUACGAAGGAUGCUGGUGUAAUUGCUGGUCUCAAUGUCAUGCGUAUCAUCAAUGAGCCAACAGCUGCUGCCAUUGCUUAUGGUCUUGAUAAGAAGGCGACCAGUGUUGGUGAGAAGAAUGUGUUGAUUUUUGACUUGGGUGGUGGUACGUUCGACGUCUCAUUGCUCACAAUUGAAGAGGGUAUCUUUGAGGUCAAGGCCACCGCUGGAGACACCCACCUUGGAGGUGAGGACUUCGACAACAGAAUGGUGAACCACUUCGUUCAAGAAUUUAAGAGGAAGAAUAAGAAAGACAUUAGUGGAAACCCAAGAGCUCUUAGGAGGUUGAGGACUGCUUGUGAAAGGGCAAAGAGAACUCUUUCAUCUACUGCUCAAACAACUAUUGAGAUUGAUUCUUUGUAUGAGGGUAUUGAUUUUUACACGACCAUCACCCGUGCCAGAUUUGAGGAGCUUAACAUGGAUCUUUUCAGGAAGUGUAUGGAGCCUGUAGAGAAGUGUUUGAGGGAUGCUAAGAUGGACAAGAGCACUGUACAUGAUGUUGUUCUUGUUGGUGGUUCUACAAGAAUUCCUAAGGUGCAACAGUUGUUGCAGGACUUCUUCAAUGGAAAAGAGCUUUGCAAGAGCAUUAACCCUGAUGAGGCUGUUGCCUAUGGUGCUGCAGUUCAGGCCGCCAUCUUGAGCGGUGAAGGCAAUGAGAAGGUGCAGGAUCUGUUGCUCUUGGAUGUUACCCCUCUGUCCCUUGGUUUGGAAACUGCUGGUGGUGUCAUGACAGUUUUGAUCCCAAGAAACACAACAAUCCCAACAAAGAAAGAGCAAGUUUUCUCCACCUACUCCGACAAUCAACCUGGUGUUUUGAUCCAGGUUUAUGAGGGUGAGAGAACCAGAACAAGAGAUAACAAUUUGCUUGGCAAAUUCGAGCUCUCUGGCAUUCCACCAGCACCAAGAGGUGUUCCUCAGAUUACUGUUUGCUUUGAUAUUGAUGCCAAUGGUAUCCUGAAUGUGUCGGCUGAGGAUAAGACCACUGGACAAAAGAACAAGAUUACAAUUACUAAUGAUAAGGGUAGGUUGUCCAAGGAAGAAAUUGAGAAGAUGGUCCAGGAGGCUGAGAAGUACAAGUCAGAAGAUGAGGAACACAAGAAGAAGGUUGAGGCAAAGAACGCCUUGGAGAACUAUGCCUACAAUAUGAGGAACACUAUCAAGGAUGAGAAGAUCAGUUCCAAGUUGGCCACAGAUGACAAGAAGAAGAUUGAGGAUGCUAUUGAUCAGGCCAUUCAAUGGCUAGAUGGUAACCAGCUUGCAGAGGCUGAUGAGUUUGAGGACAAGAUGAAGGAACUUGAGAGCAUCUGCAAUCCCAUCAUCGCCAAGAUGUACCAAGGUGCUGGUGCCGACGUGGGUGGCAGCAUGGAUGAUGAUGUUCCUCCAGCAGGUGGCAGCGGUGCUGGUCCUAAGAUUGAGGAAGUCGACUAAGCUGGCUGCAUGAUGUUUAAUGCUGAAAUUUUAUUGUAGCUCAUCUGUGUAUGAGUUUGUUGUUUUAGAGCGAUAAGUUAGCUAGUAGAUUAGUGAACUAUCUGAUCAGUUUAUCUUGCUUUCCAAAUUUUUGUUCUGCCAUUAGUGCAACAAAUUUUUCUGAUGCUACAUUAGUGGCAUCUUAGUAAUACAUUUGCGAUCAGAAAGGUUAAUAUAUUCUAAAGAUUCUGUUGACAGACA